AUGACAUGUACAAAUGAAAUUUUCGAUGUGAUUAUUGUUGGAUGUGGCGCUGCUGGAAUAGCAGCAGCAAUCGAAUUACAGACAAUUCCACAAUUAAAAUUUAUUCUACUCGAAGCUCGUAAUCGUGUUGGUGGCCGUAUUGUUACUGAUACAACUACAUUUGAUAUAAAUACACCUGUUGAUUUAGGUGCACAAUGGGUACAUCAUUUUCGACCUGAACAUCCUUUAUAUAAAUAUAAUGAAUUAUCAAAAGAUAUUCAUAUUAAUAAUCAUUUUAUUUUUCGUUCAUUAGCAACACCAUUUUUUGAUAUUGAUGGUACAAGAAUAUCUUCGGAUAAAAUUGAGAAAGCUGAAGAAAUUUCUAAUCGAUUAUGUAAUAUAAUUAAAGAAUCAUCACUUUCAAUAGAUAAAUCAAUGUUUGAUGUUAUUAAAAGUGAAUAUAUUCAGUACAAUAAUGAUCCUCAAAUGAAACGAUUAAUUGAUUUAUUUCUUGGUAUUAUUGAACAAUAUGAAGCAUCAAAUCUUGAUCAAUUAUCAGCUAAAUCUUAUUUAUUAUCAGACAAUGGUAUUGAUGAAUAUAAUUUAUCUAUGCCAAAUGGUUUUGGUAUAUUUAUUGAAAACGUUGUUCAACAACAUCAAUUACCCGUUGAACUUAAUUCUAUUGUUACUCGUAUAGAUACUUCAUUAUCAAAUUCAAUUGUUCGAAUAUAUACAAAAGAUGAACGAUUAUUUCUAUGUAAAUAUGUUCUUAUUACAAUUCCACUUGGAUGUUUAAAAGCUCAUUCAGUGGAAUUUAUACCAAGUUUACCUGAAUGGAAACAAAAUGCAAUCGAUAUAAUGGGUGUAGGUCUUUCAAAUAAAAUUUUUUUACAAUUUCCAUUUGUUUUUUGGGAUCCAACAUGGUACUCAAUACUUUGUACAUCACCACAAUUUCGUUUUAUUCUAUGUCGACCUAAUGAAUGUAUGCUACAAAUUAAACUUGCUGCUCGAACAGCAUUAGAAUUCGAAGAAAAAAAUGAUAAAGACAUAAUUGAUAAAGUUAUGAUAUUGUUAAGAACUAUAUUUUCAGACAGAAAUGUGCCUGAACCAACUCGAUUUCUUAUUACUAAAUGGAAUCUAGAUGAAUUUUCAAAAGGUGCUUAUUCUAAUUUUGCUAUUGGUGCAGAUAAUCAAACUUUAAUUGAUCUUGCUCGAGAGUGUAAUGAUCGAAUAUAUUGGGCCGGUGAACAUGCAAAUUAUGAUGGAACAAUUGGUUGUGUGGAUAGUGCUUUGGAAAGUGGAGAACAUUCGAGUUCUGAUAAUGGUCUUUAUAAUAAUGCACCCGUAGCAACUAUCAUGUCACCCAUAGAUAUUUCUCAAAAUCAACAAAAAGUUAUUAAUAUACCAAUUGGAGAUGCUGAUGGAGAUACGCUGCGUUGCCAAUGGCCUAGAGGUACCACUGAAUGUGGAAAUGUUUGUCUACCAGGAUCUUUACCAAAUGGUACAUUAAUCUUUCCAAAUUUCACAAUGAUUAUUUCUGGCACUAAUGUCGGCGAUAUACCAACAAGUUGGAGAAUCUAUCAAAAAAAUGGUCCAUUUAAAUUAUUUCAUAUUGAUCGAUGUACUGAUCGAGAAUGUCAAUGGUCAUGCACAUCAAUGUCACCCAACAUGAAAUUUCCAACUAAGGUCAAAAAUGAUCAUGCUUAUGAUAUUUUAAAUGAAAGUUCAAACAAUUCUACAACUAAUGAUGUAUCAUUAUCAAAGUCGCUCACAUCUACUACAUCGUGUUCAACGGAAGAUGAAAAUGAUUUAUCUAUGAUUGAUUUUCAUUCGAACAGUUUUCUAUCAAUGGAUGAUAAUUAUAGUAGAUCAACAUCAUUCGAUCUUGAUAAUGUAUCUGUAAUAAAAGUUAAAAAAGUAAACAAAAUAUACAGUGCAUUGAAUUCAGAUAUUAAACCUCCGAUUCGAAGAUCUAAUGAAAAUGCCGAUUCAUCCGUUCAACCAUCGAUCAAUAGUGGAACUGUACGAGUAUCUCAAAUAAAAUCAUCAACAAAGAAAAAACUAAAUACAUUGAAUAAUGAAUCAGUAGCACAACACGAAGAAAAUUCCGUUAUUGAUUUGACGAAUGCUGUUCGAGUUACUCAUGUACCUUCACCAAUAACAAAAGUACAUUCAACUUCCGCUCCUAUUUGUCGUCCAUCGAUUGUUGAAAAUACAAUUCAAUUGGAUGAAAAUGUGAAAACUCGAUCUUCAAGUGGUUCAUCAAAAAAAAAAAAUAAAGAUAAGGUUUAUGUUAAAAGCAUUUGA